GCAGGCGAGGAAGCCCCAGGCACAGCUCCGUGGAAAAGCCAGAUCCCGACUCCGCCGGGGCACUUUGAGGUCCCGUCCACCAGGCACGGGGAUCGAAGACACAAACUGAAGCCUAGCUGACCUGCCAGACCAUGGCAUCCUGGGGACUCUUUGUGGCUGGUGCCUCCUUCGCGUCGUUUCGGGGGCUGCACUGGGGACUGCAGCUGCUGCCCACCCCGGAAUCUACUCAGGACAGCUGGAUGUGGCGGAACAUUUUCGUUUCGCUGAUCCAUAGCCUACUUUCUGGAUCAGGGGCGCUGGUCGGGCUGUGGCUUUAUCCUCAGAUGAUUACCGACCCGAUUCAUGGCCACCCAUCGUGGGCAGUGGCCCUGGUAGCGGUGUCAGUGGGUUAUUUCCUGGCGGAUGGAGUUGACAUGCUGUGGAAUCAGACUUUGGCGCAGGCCUGGGACCUUCUCGGUCACCAUGUGGUGGUAGUGAGCUGCCUGAGCAUCGCGGUUCUGUCGGGCCACUACGUGGGCUUCGCUGUGGUAUCUCUGCUUCUGGAGCUGAACUCCGUCUGUUUGCAUCUGCGGAGGCUGCUGCUGCUUUCCCAUAAGGCCUCGUCCUGGGCCUUCAGAGUAACCAGCUGGGCCACCCUGGCCACUCUGGCCCUCUUCCGCCUUCUACCUCUAGGAUGGAUGACGCUGUGGUUGUUUCGGCAGUACUACCAGGUGCCUCCUGCUUUGGUCAUCCUUGGUAUAACUGGGCUGGUCACUGUGGGUACCAUGAGCAUCUCAUUGGGUAUCCGAAUUCUGAUCAGGGAUGUCUUGCAGUCUCGGCCCAACUCAUUUAUCACUGUGCACAAGGAGAUUCGUCACAUCAAGACGCAUGAUGGUGAGCCUGUCACCAGGAACAAUUCCACUCUCAAUCUGAAAGACUAGAGAAGUGGAGACUUCCUCUUCUGUCAGCCCUGGGGGCCUGGGGCCGGGAAGAGGAGAUGGUAGCCUUCCCUGCACAGUCUACUGUGUAGCAAGGGCUAGACUGUAUUAUCAGCAUCUCAGGACCUUUUCCAGCUAACUCACUUCUCUCCCCUUCCCAAGACCCAAGAAGAAAUGUGAAUGUUA